AUGAGCCACGAAAACGCCUUCCAUCCUUCGAGAAUGCAGAGCUUCUCUUUGCGAUGCCGCCCGUCGUCACUCUACCACGCGGCCGGGUCUGACGAGGAACCCGCUGCAGUGUCAACGCCAGCUGCAGGUCGGACCUCCGGAGUUGUCCAAGCAGUCCAACGCCGUGAAGGGAAGGCAUUCGCGGCUGGGCAGCCUGUCAGAUGCCGAGCUCUGCUGACUCGGCGAAGUUCGCGUUUACUUUUGGCUGGACGGUUGCAUUUACGCAGUCAUCAUGCCUUGACUUCGAUUGCCGCAGUCUUCCUCAUGUUCGCCGCGUACUGUCCGUCUCACAUUGACGACUUGGGUAAGUCAGGGAUGUUUUCUGCGAAAUGGGCAGAUGCGUUCAAACUUCACUCCUCCAAUACAGAGAGUGCACUUCUUCAGACGCACUCGCACUUGAUGAAAACCGACCCUAUCUUGCCUUCGGGGUCGGAGUGGAUUUGCCGAGAAGCGUACAACGACGAAGGCUGCGGUACGGGCCACAACGCCUCGCUCGGCACUACGGAAGCGUACUGUCAGGAAGAGGACUGCUGUCUGGCUUCCACAGAAAAGUGCACACGGAUUCCGGGGUUGUGCGCCGUUGACAGCUUCCUCCUGUCUCAGUACAGCUGGGGAAAGUGCAACUCGUCUCAGUGUGCGCGCUGCGGUCCGAACGCGACUUGCGGCUACAUCGCGAGCACGACAACCGUUCGAGGAGGUGUCUACUGCACCUGCAAGUCUCCCUUCGUGGGGACGGGCGCCUCAUGUGUGGUCGAGGCAUGCAAGGUGCGCAACCCGUGUGGCCAGGGAACUUGCGUCCCGACCUCGGAGGCGGGCAAGAGCUACAAGUGCGACUGCAAGCCAGGGUACACCGAAGUGUCGACUGGCACUUCCUUCUCGACAUGCGUGGACAUCUGCAAGCAAUACGGCUGCGGGUCAGAAGGCGUCCAGACGUGCAUCGGGGGCAUCGACUCGCACAAGUGCGUCUGCAAACAGGGCUACCGCUUGAGCGAAGAUACUGCGCGCCAGCGGUGCGUGAAAAACGACCCGUGCACCAUCAAUCCUUGUGGCCCUUCCUCGGCAGUGGAAAAGUGCGAGUCUCAAGAAAACGGGAUCGAGUACAAGUGCACCUGCAAGGUCGGUCACGUCGUCCGGUACGUCAACGGCACACAAGUCUGUCUUGAAGAGGGGAAACCGUGCAGCCCUCCAGCCUGCUCUGUGGAUCCGCCUGCCACCACUGCUACCUCGACUUCGAAACCCACGAACCAGAGCAGCGGAAAUGACGGCGAAGGGGUAAACGCCGGCGCAAUUGCUGGCGGGGUCAUUGGGGGCGUCGUCGGCAUCGGGAUCUGUGGCGCUGGGGCGUUUUUCUUCAUGAAAAAGUCGCAACACUGA